AUGGCCGGGCAGCCGUGGGGCGUCCCGGGGGGCCCCUGGAGGCGCAAUGGCAGUGCGCUGCUCAACGCCUCGCAGCAGGCGCCGGGCGCGGAGGGCGCGCGGCCCCGACCCUCGUGGCUGGCCUCCACGCUGGCCGUCGUCCUCAUCUUCACCAUCGUGGUGGACAUCCUGGGCAACCUACUGGUCAUCCUGUCGGUCUAUCGCAACAAGAAGCUGAGGAACGCAGGAAAUCUUUUUGUGGUGAGCCUAGCUGUUGCAGACCUGGUGGUGGCUGUUUACCCAUACCCCUUGGUGCUGACGUCAAUAUUCAACAAUGGGUGGAACUUAGGAUAUCUGCACUGCCAAAUCAGUGGUUUCCUGAUGGGCUUGAGCGUCAUUGGCUCAAUAUUUAAUAUCACUGGAAUCGCCAUCAACCGCUAUUGUUACAUCUGCCACAGUGUCAACUAUGACAAGCUGUACAGUAACAAAAAUUCCCUCUGUUACGUGUUCCUGAUAUGGAUGUUGACACUUGUGGCCAUCGUGCCCAACCUGUGUAUCGGGUCCCUGCAGUAUGACCCAAGGAUCUAUUCCUGUACAUUUACACAGUCUGUCAGUUCCGCAUACACGAUCGCUGUGGUGGUUUUCCAUUUCAUAGUUCCUAUGAUCAUCGUCAUCUUCUGCUACCUAAGAAUAUGGAUCCUCUUUCUUCAGGUCAGAUGGAGGGCGAAACAUGACAACAAGCCCAAACUGAAGCUGAAACAGGAUUUCAUGAACUUUGUCACCAUGUUUGUGGUUUUUGUCCUCUUCGCCAUUUGCUGGGCUCCACUAAACUUCAUUGGUCUGGCUGUGGCUUCAGACCCUGCCAGUAUGGUACCGAGGAUUCCAGAGUGGCUAUUUGUAGCCAGUUAUUAUAUGGCGUAUUUCAACAGCUGCCUAAAUGCAAUUAUAUAUGGACUUCUGAACCAGAAUUUCAGGAAGGAAUACAGAAGAAUCAUAGUCUCACUGUACAGUCAAGAUGGGCUUUGUAGAUAG